AUGCUCCCACCACCCCCACCACCACCACCACAACCACCACAACCACCACAACCACCGGCAUGCCUCCGCGCGGCGCGUCGUCCACGUGCGGACGUACGACUGGCCGCCAUACCAGGUCAACAUCUGGCUCUUCAUCAUGCUCCUCGCGGCCUCAUCGAUGCUGGGGGUGACUGCCACGUUCAUGCAGACGCAGGCGCAGAUGGGCCUGCCGGUGCCGUGGUACCUGCCGUACGACGUGACGGUCGCGGCGGUGGCGCUCGCGUUCCUGCUGGGCGUGGCGUGGCUGAUCUGGUACCGGCGGCUGCUGCCGGCGAUCGUGAUGAUUGGCGCGUUCGCGCUAUUCGUGCUGUGGACGGUCGGGCUGGCGGCGGGCGCGGUGGCGCUCUGGGGGAGCGGCGGCGUGCAGAGCGUGUGCAACUUGCAGGUCUGGAACCAGAGCCCGCACGCGCCGGACGUGGAGACGCUGGCGUGGUUGCAGCAGCGGAACAUCUGUAA